AUGAUGGGCAACCAGAAUUGUCACGCCGAGAUCAUGUUUGAUGAUGGUGUCAAAUGGCUCGCACGCUUCCGUCUUACCAGGACUUCAACACCACCCCGUCAAGUCUGUGAUUGUAUUCUUCAAAGUGAAGCAGCUACUAUGACCUAUCUUCAGCGAAAUACUCAGAUUCCAUCACCCAGAAUAUUCGAUUGGGCGUGUGAAUCCAGCCCAGGGAAUGCACUUGGAGUUGACUAUAUCAUGAUGGAAAAGCUGGACGGAAAGCCUCUGAAUUGGCAAGGGGCGACCCUACAGCAAAAAGAGAAAGUGAUGCAGCAGCUAGUGGAAAUUCUUCUCGAAAUUGAGAAGCAUCCCUUCAAAUCGAUAGGAUCGCCCAUCUUGGUAGAAGAUGAAAUCCAAAUUCAAGGACUUACCUAUCCAUCAACUUUCCAAGCGGGAAAGGGUAGGCUCGGUCCGUUCCCUUCUGCGCUAGAAUGGAUACAAGCCACGCUGAAAGCCUAUCUCACGAUGAUAGCUAGCGGUGAGAUUGACCCCUGCUGCCCGAUUGAAACCUACCUUGUCCACCGGUUCCGUCAAGAGAUUAUCGACUCUCUCUUAACCGACAUCCCAGCAGACGAGCAAUUCUUCCUCAAGCACCCGGACGAUAAAGGCGACCAUAUCUUGGUCAAUGAAUCUUUCGAUAUUGUGGGAAUUAUUGAUUGGGAAUGGACUCAGACCGUCACCAAAGCCGAGGCGUUCUCUUCCCCGUGUAUGAUGUGGCCAGUAGGCGCAUUCUACGAUGGCUUCAACGAGCUAGCUGUGGAUGAGCUACGACUGGCUGAUAUCUUUCGCGAGAGAGGUCGUAAGGAUCUUGCAGACUAUGUUAUAAAGUGCAGAAAGCUUCAGAGAUUCUUCUUUGCUCUUGGGGUUGAGGGGUCCUUUCUAGAUGCGGAUACACUUCCACCCCUGUUUACGGGGCUUCGACGGGCUUUCGAAUUUGAAGACGAAGGGUGGGAGGCCUGGAAGAGUAAGGCUCUUAUUCAAUGGAAAGAUGAUAAAAUGCUCCUCGAUUUGAUAGCCAGAAAUGGGCCGAGAUGUGGAGGAACGAGCCGCCCAGUGGAGCCGUGGACGGCGAAGACGCCGUAA